ACUAGUUGCCUAAACCUAAGUCAAUAUAUAGAGCACGUUAACAACAACCACAGCUUUGCCAAAGUACUGAAUACAAAACUGAACAUAAAACAAACUAAUAUUUUCUAAUUAGAACAUACGUGUUUGCCAAUGGAAUACCGGAGGUGCAGAGUUCUAUUUCAUGUCGUUCCACAGUCCAGGUUCUGCAAGGAUGUUUGCAGAUGAGAGAGAAUAACAUGAAAGAAGUCUCCAGUGAGCGCCAGAAACCUGAAAUUGGAAUACUGCAAUCACGCUGACGUCACUCGUUGGGUGCAUGCUGGAUUUUGAAUGUAAACAAACAACUGCAGUCAUUUGAUCUAUCAACUGUCGAAGUACCUCGCGAUUGUUGCAUCGUAACACACAUCGAAAGUCCGACGGCGAUGACAUCCUCCUAUAUAAAUGCUGUAAUAGCGCAAAUGGUUUAACAACAACAACAAAAAAAAUGAAUAAAAGGCAGAAAGAGAAACCGAAGCAACGCUUUUCCAAUCAAGCUACUCAUUCACAGGUGCAAGACAACAGCAAGUGGCGAUAUUUUCCCCAAAAUCCUGUAUACAGUUCUAAAAGGGUUACCAUGAUAAGAAGGAAACAUUAAAUGAUAAAGAAAGGUAGAAAAUAAGUAAAAUAAUAAAUCAAUACAUAAAUAACUAGAUAAAUAAAUACAUAAAUAAAAAUAAAAGAGAAAAUAUGAGGAUCUUUAUUGAUAGAUACCUUUUCUCCUGUUAGAUAAAGUAAAAAACACGAGCGGAGUUUAACCUUUUGAGAUCCGUAUGACAUCUGAAGCAUUAUGAGACUUUUACUGUGGGAGAAAAUUGUCCUAAUUUUACUAUUUAAAGGGCAUUGGGACUUGGAGAUUGGAUAUUUGGAGUGUAAAUAUUGACAGUGUGGAUUAACUGUACUGUGCAUGAGAUGGGACAAUAUUGUUUCCUGUUCACAAGCAGUUUUGAAGUGCCAAACAAGAGUUUAAAGAGUGUACAGGAUUCCAAAGUAAAGAAUGAUAUAAUAAAUCUCGCAACUAAGCGAGACAACAUGUUUACAUUUGGGAAUUAGACAGCCUUUGGCUUCGAAAAGCUUUGCAUAAAAUGGACUAAAAUGAUCCUUGUUAUGCUGCAAAAUACAAAAAUAAAAUACAUGAAUUUUGUUGUCAUGUCUCUUAGAAAGAGAGUCCAUUGAAGACCUUUUUGGGGUUUUAAACAAAACUAUUGCAAACCACUUGGAACUUUUGGCCAGGGCUUGAGGCUGAACUACAUAAUGUUUCCACCAGUGUGGUUUUGUGAAGAUUUCCGAGUAAAUGUAGCAUAUUGAGCUGCAAUCAUACAUCCCUUGGCCAUUGAUCAUACUAAAAUAUCCCUAAAUGCACAGGGAGCCCAGAGGAUUCAUCCAAGUCCCCACUAAUCAGAUGGAAUAAAACAUAUUGUACAAUUUGAAUACAGGAUUAGGAGGAGUAAACCUCUUACAGGCGGAGGCAAUGAGGCGCUCGCCAAGUACAUUUUUGCUACAGCCUCAUCUGAAGAAUGCCAGGUUUAACCUAGGGGGGAACUUUUCUGUCUCACUCGUGCAGUCACUAAUCUUAAUAUUUGACCUGCAUAUUCCUAAGGCAAACCACCAGUUAUCAGACAACAGUGAGUCCUACCAGCAGCGUCUAUCACGUCUGGAAGGAGACAAAGAAUCUCUCAUUUUGCAGGUGGGUGUGCUCACUGACCAGGUGGAAGCUCAAGAAGUAAAAAUCAGCGACCUGCAAAGUUCGGUGGUGGCGCAUCGGCGCAAACUCAACGCCACCGAAGAGAUGCUGCAGCAGGAGCUCCUGCAUAGGACGACGCUGGAGAAGCAGAAGCUGAGUCUUAAGGGGGAGGUGUCCUACCUGAAGCUGAAGCUGACAGACAUGGAGGAGAAACAGGGCCACGGAGGAGAGAGGCAGCACAAAGCAGAGAGUUUGGUGCGGGAGCUCAAGAUUCUGAAAGACAAAGUGGAACACUUGGAAGAUGAGAAGUCAGAGUGCGAGAGAGCACUCAAAGAAAGCAAGGUGGAGAUCAGCAGCCUUCAGCAGCUUCUCCUCAGUAAGAACGCUGAGAUUGAGAGCUUGCACACUCAGCUGCUGACCAGACCUCCACUCGCGACUGAGACCUCUGAGAAAGACCAGGAGCUGCAAAGAUUUAAAAGUAACAUUAAAUCACUGGAAGCGGCCAAUGAUGAAAAGGACCGGCGCAUCGAAGAGCUCUCGCUGCUCUUAAACCAGUGCAAGCAAUUCAGAGAUCUGACACACAACACAAGGCAAGCGCCACCUGCUGAUCGUCCACUGUCGAACGGUAGGGCGACUUCCAGUGGCAGUGAAGAGGAGGAGCAAGGUCUGAGGAAGAAUGCUGAUUCUGCCAGUGCCAAGUCUGAGGAUCCAAAAUCUGAUGUUUCCAUAAACAGUGCCUCCUCUCAGCAAACAUCAAUUUUGUCUCAAAAGGACAGUGAUUGCAGGUCGGAUACACAGACGUCAUCUGGUAGCUUGACUGACCUAACAACGGUCCAGAUUCAAAAGAGGGAGACGAGGAGUCCGACGCUGCCUGUCCGGUCGUCUCCCACAGAGAGCAGCACUGAGCUCCACAGUGAACGAUCGCAUGACGACAGCGAAGACGGAGACUCGAUCCAAAGCAAGCUGGAGAAAGUGAAAAGCUGCACAGGGACAAACAGCCCCCCAGGCCAGAGAAAUGUGGGCUCGCCAGAAUACAUGAAGACAAACCGGAGCCUCAAGAGACUUUGGGGAAAACUUCGAAGAACAAAUUCUGGAGGAGGCAAUGUAGGUGACCCAGAAACAGGUCCGUUUAGAAGAGGGGGGUUCCGUGCAACAGCAGGACCUCGACUGACCCGCGCCCCAGAAUCUCCUGAUUCUGUACGUGACAUGAAUCUUCCAUUCAGUCAGUGGACCAAGGAGCAAGUGUGUGGCUGGUUGGAGGAUUACGGUCUCGGCCACUAUGUCAACCUCACAAGGCAGUGGGUUGAAUGUGGCCAGACGCUACUUUCCGCCACGCCUCAGGACCUUGAAAAGGAGAUGGGCAUGAAACACCCUCUGCACAGGAAGAAACUGCAGUUGGCGUUGAAGGCGUUCACCAGUAAAAUGACGGAAAAGUCAGCUGAACUGGACCACAUCUGGGUUACCCGAUGGCUGGAUGAUAUUGGUUUACCUCAGUAUAAAGACCAGUUCCAUGAAGCCCGUGUGGACGGCCGCAUGAUCCAAUACCUCACGGUGAAUGACCUCUUAAGCUUAAAGGUGACCAGUCAACUCCAUCAUCUCAGCAUUAAAUGUGCCAUCCACGUCCUCCACGCUAACAAAUUCAAUCCCCACUGCCUACGUCGCAGGCCUGGGGAUGAGAAACAGCCUUCCCCCUCUGAAGUGGUGCAGUGGUCAAACCACCGUGUGAUGGAAUGGCUCCGAGCGGUCGAUCUUGCAGAGUACGCACCUAAUCUGAGGGGCAGCGGUGUCCACGGUGGACUAAUUAUCCUCGAGCCCCGCUUCAGUGCAGAGACUUUGGCCCUGCUCCUAAAUAUUCCCCCGCAGAAAACGUUGCUCCGUCGUCACCUGGCCACAGCCUUCUCAGCUCUGGUGGGGGCUCAGGCCACCCAGGAGAAGAGAGAGUACGGCAACGCCACAGGCCACGUGCCCCUCACAACUACAUCCAAAGUCAAGCCAAAGAAGCUGGGCUUUACCCAAUUUAGUCACCUUCGGAAGAGGAAACCUGACGAAUCCGCAGACUACAUUUGCCCCAUGGAGGGCGGAUCGCUGACUGCGAACGGGAUUUCAAGGAUGCCCUCCGCAGCACUCAGGGGGAUCAGCCCCACCUUGGACAGUCAGCCAAAUAAGCAGAAGCAUAGCGAGGGCAGGUUAUGGAGGACUAACACAAACAACUGCUAAGAAAAGCAAAAGUGCUCAGCUUCACACUUUGAGCUCAUGAAAUCCAAAGAUGCGCAUUGCUGGACAGUGUGAAUUGAAACGCGUGUAUUUAUGAAUCACAUGACGCUUGAACAUCUUUUCUCUGAAAUGAAUGCGUGAAAUGUUAAGUGAAAGCUGCUCCUGCAUUCCUUUUACAGCUGUUCCAAAUAUUCCAUACACUUUAAGGUCUUUGAAGGUGUAUAAUGUGUUACAUCGAAAUGUCUAGUUACCAUGCUUUAUUCAUAUUCUACAUCUGGAUUCACUGUGCACUUUUGCAUUGGACAUUUACGAACUUGGCUUCUACAGUCGGACACACACAAAGCCAAAGACAGUGAUGAAGUCUCCAAAGUAGUGUCAGGGCCGUUUUUCGUCCUCCUUAGAUUAAUAUUAGCAUUAUGCAUGUCUGUAAAUAGACAGAGUGAUGUAGAAUAAUGAAAACACACAAUGACUGAUGUUUUUUGUUAUAACCAUUUUAUGCAUUGCCAAACACCAGCAGCAUAUCUGUUAAAAUAAUAUACAACAAAGGUAAAUAAUAUGACUAUGUGAAAUAAAUUGAUAUUUACGUUUUACAAAGUU